AUGGGGAAACAGGGAGCUAAAGAUCAAGGAAGCAAGGAAGAAUACAGUGGCGGACAUACUCAUCCUGAGUACUGGUGUCCUCCUUUCUCAUCUCUGAAAGUUGGGAGAUAUAUUUGUAAACAAAUCCUUUCCUUUUCUAAAAAUAUGGACCUCACAAAGAUAUCAGAGUAUGACCCAUCUAUUAAGCUUGCAAUCCCUCCAUCUUUGGAGCAUAUAGACUGGAACAAAGCUUUUCUUAGAGCAGAAGAGAAGGCCAGGAAUAUACGGGAGCAGCUGCCUAGAGGGCCCAAUUACUUGAUGAGAAGUGAAGCAAAAAGGUUGAGAAGUUUCCUUGGUCUAUAUCAGCCUUUGUCAUCUUGGAGCCCCAAAGAGCUGGCCUCUGCUGGAUUCUUCUGUACUGAAUUGGAAAGCAGUGUUCAGUGCUUCUGCUGUGGGCUAGUCCUCUGCAAAACGUCUUUGACUUACACUCCCAUAGAGAGGCAUAGACAUUUCAAUCCCAACUGUGAAUUUGUUAUAGGAGCUGAUACUGGGAAUAUUUUUAAGUACGAAGUUCAUCCAAAGCCAGUAAAAAGUGCACAGAUGGAUUGCAAGGAAUCAAUGAAAGAUGAACAGGCCAGGCUACAAUCUUUUUCCUGUUGGCCACCCUAUGCCUUAAUAGAGCCUUCUAUCCUGGCACAGGCUGGAUUCAUCUUCACAGGAAUAAGAGACAUGGUCCAGUGCUUCUCUUGUGGAGGUUGCUUAGAAAUUUGGGAAGACGACGAUGAGCCCUGGAAAGAACAUGCAAAGUGGUUUCCUGAGUGUACAUUUGUGAAGAGCAAAAUAUCUCAAGAAGACAUUCAGCAAUAUAUUCAAAAUGAGCUGAGAUAUAAUGGAAUGAUGGUAGAAACAUUCACGGAUUUUCUGGACCACAAAACGCUAUCAUUACCAAGAACCACACAUGGACAGGUUCUGCUUUUUGAAAACGUGACAAUGUUAAAACAGCAGCUCAUUGAAAAGUACACUGAUGCCACUUUCCAUAAAGUAUCCCCAUUCGGAGAUUCUAUUUCCAUAGAUCUGAACGUGCUUUUUGCCGAUAUCUCCAUUGUGGUAAAGGACACCAGAAAUCAGCCACUGAGACAACUCAUUUUACCAGACAUCCUGUCAGAGCUGAGGGACAUCACUAUGAUAGAAGGAGAGGCUGGCAGUGGGAAGACGGCACUGCUCAAGAAGAUUGCCAUUCUCUGGGCCUCAAGGGAAUGUCCUAUGCUCAACAGGUUCAGCCUUGUGUUUUAUAUUUCACUCUCUUCCACUCAGAGGCAACAAUCUAUAAGUGACAUCAUCUGCCAGCAGCUAAUUGGAUCCACCGAAUUUCUCACUGAAGACAUAUUUGGUGAUAUUGUAAAGCAUUUCAUGGAGAAGGUGUUGUUCCUUCUGGAUGACUAUGGCAUGAUGGAUUCGACUCCUACAGCAUUAGAGGAUCUUAUGCAGAAGAACCCCUGGAACCGAGUGGCAUUAACAGUCACAGUGAACACUAGCAAGUCAUGGAAGGUGCGACAAUAUGCAAGAACUAAAAUGUGUAUUGGAAAUUUCUCCCUAUACAGCACUGUUUACUUAGUAAAGAACAUAUUUCCACAUGACAUUGAAUAUGUCAAAGAAUUUACAAUGAAGCUACAGGUUUGUGAAAACUUGAUCACUAUUUUGCAAACCCCUCUAAUGAUCCUAACUCAUUGUUCUUCGCGACAUCAAAACCCUACCGGCAGUACAUUUAGUGACAUUAAUCUUUUUAAAACAUCCAUAAAAUACAGCAUGCUUAAAUUUCCUUCUGAGACAGAAGCGGUAAUGUCACAAAUGUUGUCGUGCGGAGAACUGGCCCUCAGGGGUCUUUUUCAAUCACGUUUUCAGUUCACAGACAAUGACUUGAGAGCAGCUGGAGUAGAUAGUGACAGAGCCAUAAAAUAUGGACUUUUGGGCAAAUUCACAGCACAAAGGCUUAAGUCCAUCUAUAGGUUUUUUGAUUCAUCAUUCCAGGAAUUUCUUGCAGGAAAGAGGCUGAGUGAACUAUUAGAAUCUGAAACACCAGAAGAUCUGGAGAAAGGUCUCUACUACCUUCACCAAGUAAAUACUUUCCUCAAACUUAUAGGGCCUUACAGCUAUUUCAUGAAAUACGCCGGUAGCAUCUCUGCCGUGGCAACAGUAAAGAUGUUAUCCUUCUUAUUUAGCCUGUAUGGCAAUCCUGAGUCACUAGAUUGCCAUUUAGAAAACAGAGAUCAUUUAAAGCAACAUCCAGAGCUUGAAGUGGAAGAAGAGAAGUUUAUUCUGAGCCUACGCCAACAGAUCGAAGUAAGUGUUUCUUCAGUGUGCAUGGAUCGACUGAUGACAUUUGCUGUUGAAGCAGCCUCUGCAUGCCAGGGUCUUCCUGUGUGUGCUCCUGUGAUCAUACAAUUUCUUGCUGGGAAAACAGCCACCUUCUCUAUAAGGUCUGUGUUUAAUCCUUCAAGGAGUAUCCUGACUUUCAUAGAAAAAUUCCCAGAAAGUAUUAGUGUACUGAAAUCUUUUGAUUUUAUCAUGUAUAACUUAGGUGAACAAUUCAGACAACUAGAUGUCUCAGAAUUUAAAGGAUUCGCAGCAUAUGGAGCUCCUACAGUGGAAAGCGACUAUUCAUCUACUUAUCUGUGUUUCCAUGAACGAAAAAGCCAGAUUGAUAGGAAGAUGGGUGUCCUGAAUCAAUUUUUUUCACUUUACCCCCAAAGAAUUGAAAUUAAUGAUGCAAUUAUUCGUCCUUUUUUGGUGCUUGGGGGGCAAAAAGUGCCUACGUUCAGGUUGAUAGCAAACGAUAUCAACAGUGACAACUUUUCUUCAGAUGAAUUUCAGAAGCUCUUUGUUCUUUUCUCAAUGUCUAAUCAUAUUGAGCUAAUUCUGAAAAACUGUGGAGAUUUUGUAAAGCACAUUGGCCCGGCAAUUGAGCAGUUAUUGCGUUCUAUUAAGGUACUGAGCUUUAAUAACACAUAUCUGACUGCAGAAGAACAAGAUUUGGUACUUGAGAUGUCUUCUCUGAAAUCCUUGGAGAUUGGAAACUCUCUCAGUUCUUUUUAUCCCGUUCUUCUCCUCCAAAGCUUUGAAAACUUGGAAUACCUGGAUAUAGGUUUAAAGAAUGUGAAUUGCAGUGAUCUCAUGAACUCACUUAUGACUUGCAAAAAGUUAAAAGAGCUGAAUCUGCAUAGAUCAACUCUACAGGAGAGUGACAUCACUUUUCUGGCAACAGCAAUUAAGAACUUCACAUUGCUGAAAUGUCUAAAUUUGCACAGCCUUAAAGUAACAGAAAAGGAUACAGCAGAGACACUAGCGGUUGCAUUGGGUUCCCUUACUCAGUUGGAGAAGCUGUGGAUUCCAGCAGGACAAGGAAUAGCUCAUGCGGCUAAACUGAUUAUUGAACAAUUCCAGAAGCUUCCUAACCUCCAGUUCCUUUCCAUGCUGGAGGUUUUAGAUGAUGAAUCUAUUGCGCUGUUAGGUGAAGAAACAAGAAAUGGCUGUUUGGAGAAGAUUCAGCAUCUGCAGCUUCAAUGUAAUGGUAACAUUACAGAAUCUGGAUGGACAAAGUUUUUUGAAACGGCUGGACGUAUGCCAGAGCUCAGUCACCUGAAUAUAGGUCGUAUGUACAACCAGCAGAUCAAGUCCCACGCCACCACUGUGACUUCCUUUGUUCGUUUUUUUUCCAGACUUCCCCGCCUGUUAACGAUACAAAUGUAUGGCUGGCUGCUGGAUAAAGAUGAUUUAAACAUGUUUGAAGCAAUGAAAGAGAAUCACCCUCAAGCUAAAAGUUUAUACCUUGCAUGGCAGUGGGUAUUGCCAUUUUCACCCAUCAUUGAGAAUUAA